AAUACUAUUUGCUGCGUUGGCUUUUUCUGCCCUGCUUCCGGAAAUUUAGAGCGUACAAAAAAAGAGCCUUGUCUAUUUGCCAUAUCUUUUCCGGCAAUAUCUAGGCUGCAAAUAAUGAAUUGGAUUUUGGUGUUUCUUUUAGACAGUGACACUCCGUGAAGUCCGUCAUAGCGUGCAGUCCAUUCCGUGCCAAAGAUACCUCUUUCCACCUGUCGUGGUUUUGGGAGCCAAGCGCGCGACUGACGCUAAUACACAUUGCAGAGUUGUUUUUCAAUGUAGCGGAAAAUAUUGAAACUAGCUCCGUACGGAAUAAUUUAAUAUCUCGUCUAUCGGAUGGCGGUUUCGUCAAAGAACAGUUCAAAUUUAUGGUCUAAGCGUGCAAGAAAUGAGAAGAACUUUGUGAAGUGAGGGAAAAACUACGCAAACAAUGGAGAGAAACCCUCGCGUCGAGUCGACAUAUUUACCGGGAAAUUCUAAUACACUAAACCACGUCCGGACACUCGGUAUUUUCUACGCAGUCUGCGUGGUUGUGUGUUCAUUGCCGUUUCAUGCGAGAGGCGAACUACAAUACCGUGCAGAUAUUUUUGCCGUUUCACCACCAGACGAAGCGUUCGUGAAAACUGGCGCAUCAGUCACAUUCAAAUGGAAGCUCCCGGUAACGCAAAAGCACUUCCGUCACUUACUAAACGUUACAUUUGGCCGCGGUACACCGGAUCAGCCCAUGGAACCUUUAAUAACAGUCAACUUCUCUCCGAAAGGAACAAACAAGUCGGUGCACUUGGUGUACAAUGUGUCAGGGAGAUACCGAGGAAGAUUACGGUGGGCGGGGCGAGCUGGGAGGGUAGCAUUUGAGUUGAGGAAUGUGACAAGUGAAGACACUGGUAGAUAUGCUAUGGUGGCAGCGGCACAGACCUCGAGGGUCUUGAUAGUCGAUAACGUCGGGCUGGUAGUGAAUUACCCACCGAGGCUUCGCAAUCCCUUAUCUUCGAUGAAACAAGUGCGUCUUCCAGAAGGCGAGUCUGUCGACAUUUUGUGUGAUGUCAAGAGCUGCCCACGUGCUCGAGUGAUGUGGUCACGUGAUGGUCUCGUGCUGCAGAACCAAACCAGGCGCCAUGCGCUGUCGCUCAGACGCGUGGAACUAUCACAUACGGGGAUUUACGAGUGUGAUGCAGCCAAUGAGCUUGGGAGUGUGCGGAACAAGGUGUUGGUAAUAGUGACGUCAUGCCCCGAGCCUGCCAGUCAGCCCAGUCAUGCUGCGUCAAGUACUGGUCAUAGUCCCAGUACCCUGAUUUCCAUGGUUGCCCCUGCGGCAGUUUUCUUCGUUAUCCUCGCUGCUUAUUGCUUUUUUAAAUGCUCUAAUCGACAACAGCAACAGCACCCAAUACAGAAAAGCCAAUCGUCCUACAGAAUUUCCAAGAGUUCUUCAACCACUGACGAGCAAACUGCAAACCUUCUUGGGGAAUGGUCCCAGUUUACCGACCGAGGGGAGAAGAUCUGACCAUCAUUCAUACCCAAAAUACCUAACUAAAUAUAAACUAUAUGUGUUGCUGGAAACACAAUAUUCACGUGGAUUAUUUUACUAUCGAGAUCGCAGCACGUAGACAAUGACUUUAUUAGGAAACAUGGAUUCCACAAAAUCUGUUGAUUGUAGCCAAUACGUUGCAAAGGCACGACAUGAUGCUUGCAUCGAACAGAGUCGAGAAUAAACUGUUAGAGCCUGAUGUAACAGCUGUUCUCGGAGACAACUGCUUUGAAAGGCUUAAAGAGAUGUUACCAAAAGCAGUUAUCAUAAGACGGUGAUUCCACCUAAACUACAAAAAAAGGAAAGGUUGGCCAACAAUUUCGCAUCAGCUCCCAACAUGGUUUUACAGACAUUGCCAGUAUUCUUUGUCAUCAAUAGGGCUUAAAAGAACCGAAUUUUAAUUAAUAUGUGACUUUACGAUUGGCAUCGCAAUGGUAUUAAACAAAAUAUUAUACCCGGGCCGUAGCAUGAGGUGGGGCACUGGGGGCGCGUGUCCCCUCCCCCCAAUAUUUUCAAAAAUAUAAGGAAGUGACCAUUAGGGGUGUGAUUGUGGCCCUAACAUUUUCUUAAUGUUUCUGUAUUGUGGCCUCCCAAUAUUUCGAGGCCUGCUGCGGCCCUGUAUUAAACUAGGAAAACACCUUAUGCUUUUUGCUUUGCUUAUAUUAUCAGAAAUCGCUGCGAUAUUUGGGAUACAUAUUGCGCAUUACACGGGGCAAGCUUGAUAACCAAAUUUAACAAAAAAUACAAUAUAUAUUAUUAUAAUAAUAUAAUAUAUAUUAUUUCUUAAGAGAACAGAAAUAUCACCAGUAUAAUUUUGAUAUACUAUUCACGAGCUGUAUAUUAAGCUACAUUGGAUGGUAUUUUAUUUAUUUUGUUUUUUACUGUAGCAAAAUGUUCCUUUGCACAAUUUGGUAAAAAACAAGAGCUCAAUAAGUUAGUUAUGACGCUAUAUGAAAGAACGCUUUUCAAUUCUCAAUUGCUUAUUCAUUUAUUCUUUUCCAAGCGAACGUAUUAUAUAUCAUAUUAAUUGCAUAUUUAUUGAUUAUCUCUUUUCACUUGCUAUAACUUUUAUAAUAAAAACUGCUGAGGCGAGAGAGUCAAAAAAACUUCAGUGACGGUGAUGUUUGAUUUUCAUAUUGAAACUUAACCACUCUGGAGCCAGCUUUGGUAAAGAUCUGUGAAAAAUCUUUCAGGGCCGAAUCAAAUGAUACGGAAAAAAAGACUUUUCGGGUUUGUAGAUAGGUUUUUAUGAUAUGAAAUGAAAACAUGACCUAAAUGAGAAUAAGACGUCCCGCCAAAAAGCAAGACCUAGUUAGAAUUUGGGAAUGAUGAACGACAGUGUAGUACAUUUUACAAUUAAAUAAUGAGAUAUCAACAUUGAAAUACAAA